CCAAUCGCAACUUUAAGCACCCCUUGACCAAUGCGGUGUUUUAACACGCUCGGAUAAGAGAUAUUGGAGGCUGGUUUGGAUAAGGAAGGCAAAACGAGAGGCAAUGACUUUCUGGGGAGCGGAAGUGAAACCGGGACAUGUAUUUGAAUAUUCUCCUGAUAGGCAGCGAAGAAGACUCCAUAUUUCACAGGCGACGUUAGGGAAUUCGCAGGUAACGUCAUGGAUCGAUCGUGCAGCGUCAGAUAAAGUGGUGGUUCAAUGUGAGGUGGGAUAUUUUGGUCUAGUUUCUCUUUGCUCUUUGUUUCCUGAACGAGUGGAAUUCUGCAAAUUGAAUUUAGAAUUCGAGGAAACGCCUUUUAAAGUUUUAUUUCAAGUUAUCGGUAACCGAAGUGUUCACCUCACUGGUUUCUAUAAAUCUGCAACUAGCGGAAGCACCCUGAGCAAGGAGCCUGAAUCCCUUGGAGAAGAUGGGAUUCCGAUUUCUUCCCUCGAUAAUCCUCCUGCAAGGAAUAUAUCGGAAGCAGAAGAAAUGGCUAAGAAAGGAACAGACUUGACAAUUGACAAGGAGGUUAAAGAAGAUGUGCCGGAAAGAAAAGCAGAUGUUGUUGUAGAUAGUGAGCUGACAAGCCAGCCUGAGCAACAUGAGUCUAUCCUAUCUUCUGCUCAAGCAGGCUUGGAGAAUGGUGUAAAGCCAAAGAAGAGAAGUAAAAAGCGAUCCAAAGUGGAGGACCAGGUUAAAGCUGGAACUGAAGAUUUUUCCUUUGGCACAAUUAUUGAAGUGAUAAAAUGCAGUGAUAAAGCCAAGCAAAGUGAGACAAAAGCUGGCCAAUCAAAUCCAGAUACUACUGUAAUAGAUGAAGAUAACAGGACUGAAAGUGGCAGGGGAGAUAACCAGUCGCAUUUCUCACCACCUUGCGUCGUCCAUGGAAAUGUUGCAAAGUCCAGGAAGAAAACGGGAAAACGGGCAAAGGAGGAAAAGGGUCUUGAAGCUGAGAGCCCUUUCCAUGGUAAUGUUAACAGAGAUGAGCCCAAGGGUAAAAGCACGGGACUAGAUAUCUUGUUGAAAGAUGAAGAAAAUCAGAAGAAAGCAAAUUACGGGAAGGCUGUCUUGCCAUGGAAUUCUGAGCUGCCUUCCACUCAGUUGGUCAUUGAAAAUGGUUUAAAGCCAAAGAGGAAUACAGAAAAGUAUAGUGAAGAUAUAACUCUUGGAGCUGACAGCAAUAACCAUACAAAUGUCAUUAAAGAGGAUAAAGCCAGUGAAAAUGAGUUGAAAUUUGAUGGCACUGAAUGCUAUGGGUCUUUGCAAGAUGAGCAAAAUCAAAGGAUUUUUUACAAUAUUGCUAACCAAUCUGCUAAUUCAAAUCAUUCUCGAAAGAAAAAGAAGAAAAGGAGUAGAACUCGAGAUGGGGAGGCUUUGAAUGCAGAAGGAUCAAAUGGCAGAUCUGUUAUGGAGACUGAAGACAAUAAUGCUGAUGAGAAGAAUUCAUCUCAGCUUCGGACCUUGUCAAAUGGAUUAAUCAUAAAGAAGCUGGUAGCGGGGGUAAAGGAGAUGUGUUGGAUGCCUGGAAUAUCCAGUGUUGAUGUUAUGAGAGUCCAAGAGGUGGCUUUCUGAUUAACGGAAGGGACGACUCUGAUUUUUCCGGCAGAAUCAGGCGUAACUUGCAUUUUUGGCUCCGGUGGUAAACUCAAAAGUUCUGGAAGUAUCAAGGUUGAGAAUGAUUCUCCCUUUGGAAGAAAGUGUUCUUUUUUUUGUGUGUUAUUUAGUUUGUUGUUGUUGCUCAUGGUGGUGAUGGUUAAAGUUUGCAUUUGGAUACCUAUUAUUUUGUUCACUCCAUAGCCCAAAGCCCCGAACAAUGUAAAACAUGUGGUGUAUAUGUAUAAAAUUGCCCCUGUACUGCAAGGUUUUAAACUUAAACACUCCAAAAUUUUCGACA